GGGUGGUGCUGGUGAAGCGCGCAGCGGGGAGGCGCAUUGUUUGCAUGCAAACUGGACGACAUGGUCAUUGUGUGCGUUUGGGCAUAUAUGGAGCCAGAGUUGGCUCGGAGGACACAGCCCGUCUGAAGUCUCAGGGAGUUGUCCUCGGCUGUCUCCUGCCACGUUCUCCACACUGAUCUGCUCUGUCGCUAUGAGUUGUCUGGAUGUGAUGUACCACCAAAGCUAUGGAGCGCCCUACCUCCCUGCAGCAGCUUACAAGGCGACGUACUGCAGCCACCAGCAACAGAAGAAGCUGAAUGUUUACAGUAAGAUGCAGGAGUGCAUGGAGCAGCAGCAGCAAGGAGGAGGAGGAGGAGGAGGAAAGGGAAUGCUGCCUCAGGAUCAGGGUCCUGCAUCAACAGGUGCUGAACCGGGGCGAGCCUCAUCAGUUUCAGAGCAGAAGGACGCCGCUCAGCCCGCAGAGGCUGAAUACUUGAGCUCUCGCUGUGUGCUCUUCACCUACUUUAAAGGAGACAUCGGGGAUGAGGUGGAUGAGCAUUUCUCUCGUGCUCUCAGUCAGUCCAGCACCUUCAGCAGUGAGGCCAAGUCAAUCAGAGUGACACAGCCGUCUGCUUCAAACAACUUAUGGAAAGAUGGUUCCCUCCCUGAAGCUCAGGGCAGCUCAGCUUGGAGUGGCGUCUUUUCAUCCCAGAGCAACUCCUGCCUCCCCUCCGUGUCUGUCUCGGUCCAUCCAGAGUUCUCCUCCAGCCCCGUUUCCUUCAGUCACCCAGACGGAGCCCUGUGGGCCGGCCACAUGAUCUCUCAGGCCAGCAUCCCGUCUGCAGCCACACUCCCCGACACCUGGACCUACAGUCUGAGCCCCCAGAGCCCAAGCGGCUACCCCCAUGAAGUCUACCAUCCUCACCCGCGCUCCCACCCCCACAUCCACCCAAGACACCACUCCAUGCUGCACUCAUACCCUCCCCACAGCCCAGCUCUGGAUCCCAGGUUCAAUGCGCUGCUUUUGCCAGGCGUUAGAAGUCAAAGUCAGGUCGCAGGAAGUGCAGGAAGCUCCCCACACAGCGAGGGGGGCAAAACAGAGUUGGAUCUCAGCAGAAACAGCCCCGUCACAGCAACGUCUGUCCCCUGGUCGUCUUCAGCACUCCAUGGAUCUUUGGAGGUGUAUGACUCAGCGAUUGAUCAGACCAAAGUAAAGACACCAGUUUGGUUCUAACUGGUGAACUCAAGGCUAAAUAUCAGCUCAUACCAAAAAGGACUUUUUAUGUAUAGCUGAAUGUUAGCACUGUAUUGAAAAAAAAAAAAAAAG